CUCCCGUCGCAACUUGAGCGGCCGACGCAAGCGAGACUUGAUGCCGAUCCCAGCCGAUCACAAGCAAUAAUGAAUUCAGCUCUGCGAGCUAGCUGUCUACCUACCUUAGGCAAGAUGGCGCCUCUUCUUGUAUCAACAUUGGACUCACAGCUUACACGAGUAUGCGACGAUUUGAAGAGCUGAACUACAAGAUACAGCUUCUCCUACCCUCCUAAUGACCGAGCGUAAUAGUACAGCUAUCUCGUGUACCGGAUCAGAAUUCGGAGUUGGGUUAAAAGUUGCAGAAGACCAUGAUAUUUGAACGCCCGCAGCCAGCGAUAUGCCAGCGAUAUGCCAGCCAUAUGUGCACCCAAGAGGCACGUAGAAUGCCCUCCCCCGGACAAAUUAAACCCGACGUACAGCCAACUCAACCUCUCAGCCGAGAAGUUCCUACCUGGCCAGCCCAAGGACGGUUCCCUACCAGGCUUCCUCGCCCAUCCAAUCGACACCGUCGGACUGCAGCCGCGGGAGCUGGGCUACCUCGACGAGAUAUACCGGAGAAGAGACGAAUGGCCCUUUUGCUGGCUUCUCUUCAACGCAACGGCACUCGGCAAAUGAAGACGCAGCGGAUCGCUUCGAGUAGAACCGCCCCAACGUGCGCCAGGCUAUCGGGUACGAUGGCCUCACGAGGGACGGCGGCCGGGUCCGCUGCUCGGGCGAGUGGCAGCUGGACGGCCGUCUCUUGGAGACUCCGGUAGCCCGGACGAAGUCUUCACGGAGGCUUACAUCAUGCUACUGCCCUCGGAGACCCAAACAAUGUGGGGCAAGACCUUCCUGGUCCGGCGAAUU